AAAAUAAUUUUCAUUGUUGUCAAGCUGUCGUGUUUAUUAUUUAACCUCCCAGCUAUAAUUCCAGGUCAUUGUAAAUAGCCAUCAAUAUUAACAAAUAUUUAAAAAAUAAAUUUGCUAAUUAAAUUGACUGACUAAAAUGCCUGCUACGUCAACACACAAGUUUAUAACAUGGAUUGGAUUUAUUUCAAUACUUCACGCUGCUUAUUCUGCUGCUCAACAUCGAUCUUACCUCAGAAUAACGGAGCAGGAAUUCACAACACUGCCAAUUGAUAUAUUGAUCCAAGGAAUAAUUAGUUUGUUUAUUGUAAUGUACGGAGUGUUACAUAUCGCUGGAGACUUUAAAGAAAUUCGCGCAGUUGUCGACCUAGAGAGCAAGACCUGGGAAACAACGAGGAACUUGGCGUCAUUCCAAAUAUUUAAUCACCGAGGUAAAUUUUUAUCACCGGACUACACACCGCCGUAUUAAUAAUUAAUAAAUAAAUAAAUAAAAUAAAUAAAAACUAGCUAAAUAAUUUUAUAAAUAAAAAUAAUUAAGGAAGAAAGGAUUAAAGAAGACAAGUUAAGUAAAUUUAUCCAGCAAUGCCGAAUAAUACAUUAUUAUUAUUAUUAUUAUUAUUAUUAUUUAUGAAUGAGAAA